AACGUGAUGACGUAGUAAAAGCGUCGACGACGUCCCAGCUGAACGUAUCAAGGGAUCCUUCACCAUCAAAACAACAGCCUUCUGGAAAGCGGACUCAUAUUUUUCAUCUGAAUUGGGAAACAUCAACAGGUACGCUGGAAUUCUCCGACAGCCACUCGGACAUGUCCUAUGUGUUCAUCACGGACUCGUCUCAGAGCAGCGUCCCCCUGCUGCAGGCCUGCGUGGACGGGGACCUGCCCUUCGCCAAGCGCCUGCUGGAGACAGGCUGCGACCCCAACAUCCGGGACAGCCGGGGCCGCACCGGGCUGCACCUGGCCGCCGCCCGCGGCAACGUGGACAUCUGCCGCUUCCUGCACAAGUUCGGGGCGGAUCUCCUGGCGACGGAUUACCAGGGCAACACGGCGCUGCACCUGUGCGGCCACGUGGACACCAUCCAGUUCCUGGUGUCCAACGGGCUGAAGAUAGACAUCUGCAACCACAACGGGUCGACGCCGCUGGUGCUGGCGAAGAGGCGGGGCGUGAACAAGGACGCCAUCCGCCUGCUGGAGGGGCUGGAGGAGCAGGAGCUGAAGGGCUUCAACAGGGGCGCCCACGCCAAGUUGGAGACCAUGCAGCUGGCCGAGAGCGAGAGUGCGAUGGAGAGCCACUCCCUGCUGAACCCCAGCCUGCAGAGCAGCGAGGGGGUGCUGUCCAGCUUCAGGACCACGUGGCAGGAGUUUGUGGAGGACCUGGGGUUCUGGAGGGUCCUGCUGCUGCUGGUGGUCAUCGCCCUGCUGUCCCUGGGCAUCGCCUACUACGUCAGCGGGGUGCUGCCCUUCUCCGCCAGCCAGCUGGAGCUGGUGCACUGAGGGAGGAGGAGGAGGGAGGGAUGAAGAGGAAGAGAGGAGGAGAGGGAUGGGGACCAGAGUUGAAGUCGGGAUGUUAGUGAGGGGCUGCUGCUCGUGAGGACGGAGGGGUGAGGACGGAGGGGUGAGGACGGAGGGGUGAGGACGGAGGGGUGAGGACGGAGGGGUGAGGACGGAGGGGUGAGGAUAAAAGAGAGGGGAGGGAGCAGAGGAGAGGAGGGAGGGGUAUUGGUAUUGGACCAGAGUCUCGGUCGGCAUGCUAGCGAAGUGGUGUCGCCCCUCUGGAUGGAGGAGAGAGGGGAGAGAGGGACUGAAAUGAGAAGAUUUUUGUACUGGGCCAAGAUUUUUUGUAAAGGUGGAUGACAGUGAGGAGGUUAGAGGAUGACAUUACAUUUAUAUACACACACACUCUCUCUCAUACAUACACACACACACACUCUACAUAUCUCUCACACACACACACAUGGUGUUGAUUCCUCACCUACUUGCGUUGUCCCUUACACUAACUUCCUCUUACAUGCAAAAAAACACAUUCACACACUAACAGCAUCAUUUCCGCAAAUGGCUCCCUCCUUUCCUCCA